AUGGAUCAAAGCUUGACAGACUAUCUCGGCGUAUUAAUUCGUCCUUUUGAACUAUUCCGUCCGAGACUGGAUGGUCUUGGACAGACGGCUGCUGCCACGCCAGACGAGGUACAAAUAUGUGCUUCAGAGCCAGACAAAUCCCAACAGAAUCAGGACAGCAGCAGCGACAAUCCUUCGCAGACUCAUCGCAUCCCCUUCUACAUCAUGGCAUACACACUGGUAUCUUGGCUGGGUCGCCUCUUCGAUGCAGGCAAGAGCCUGCUGCCCUUACAGGGCAACUACAUCAACGCCCUACUGGAGCAGGAGCUGCCUGGUGAGCGUGAAGGCACAUUGACAGUGCGGGAUAACCGGACGGGAUCGAAGUAUACGAUUCCCAUCGUGCGCAACUCAGUACCCGCCAUGGGAUUCCGUCAGAUCUGCGUCGACCGUGCAGGAAAGAGCCCGCGACAGCAAUUCGAGGAUGGGCUCCGGUUGAUCGAUCCUGGUUACCGCAACACAGCCGUCAAGAUGUCCAGCAUCACCUACAUCAAUGGCAACGAGGGCGUCAUUCUGUACCGGGGCCACCCCCUGGCAUCGCUCAUCGGAAAGAGCUACGAGGAGAUUACCCACCUUCUCAUCUGGGGCUCGCUACCUACACCCGAGGAGCGUCUGCGCUUCCAGCGGCGAAUUGCCGAGGCGAUGAUGGUGGUGCCCGAGAACGUAAAGAAGCUCGUGGCUACUUUCCCACGCAACACUCCUCCCAUGGUCAUUCUCUGCGCGGUCUUGACGGGUUAUCUGGCAGAUCAACCCGAGCUCAUCCCCGCCCAUGCGGGUGCCAACCUGUACAACCGACGCCCAGAAAUGGUCGAUGAGCAGAUCAUCCGCACACUGGCAGUCACGGCGAUAGCCGGGUCGAUAGCUCACUGCCACAUGAAGGGAGAGGAGCUCCGCGCAGCCGACCCGAACCUGAGCUACAUCGAGAACAUCCUUUGGAUGGGCCGGUAUGUGGAUAACAACGCGGCAAUCACACGGGAGAAGGCAGCGGAGAUCUUGACGAAGGCGUGGUCGCUGUAUGCGGAUCAUGAGAUGACCAACUCGACAUCGGCUUUUCUUCACGUCUCGUCUUCCCUGGCCGACCCACUUUCGGCGAUGGCUGCAUGCUGCAUGUCUGGCUACGGACUAUUGCACGGAGGUGCCAUCGACGCGGCAUACCGAGGAAUGCGGGAGAUUGGUGGACCGGAGAAUGUGCCCAAGUUGAUCGAGAAGGUGAUUAACAAGGAGUGCCGGUUAUCCGGAUACGGCCAUCGGAUCUACAAGCAGGUGGACCCUAGGGCGAAGUACGUGCGCGAGAUGCUGGACGAAUUGACGCGGGAUCGUGACAUUCGCGAGAUGGACCCUGUGCUCCAGGUGGCCAUGGAGAUCGACCGGAUUGCGAGCACACACGAGUAUUUUGUCAAGCGCAACCUGCAGGCAAAUGCGGACUUGUACGGAAGUUUCGUGUACACGGCACUGGGUAUUGACUCGCAAUUUGCGACGGUGCUGGCAGCAACUGCACGGGUAUCUGGUGUGAUGGCACACUGGAAGGAACAGACUGAACGCGCACCGGACUUGUGGCGGCCCCUGCAGGUGUACGUGCCGAACUAG